AUGAGGUCGUUUCUUUCUUUUCUGUUACUUGGCAUCUGGGGAGCUUGCGUACAUGCAUUGAGCAGCUCAGGAUCCCGCUUGCUCGUCGUUUUGGAGGAGGACAAAAGCUUAUAUUCGAACUUAUGGGCUGAUUUAGAAGGCCGCGGAUACGACAUUACAUUCGAGUCUCCCAAGAGCGACCAGUUGUCGUUAUUUGCACAUGGGGAAAAAGCAUACGACCACCUUAUUCUUCUCCCGUCAAAAUCGAAGGGUCUUGGUCCCGCACUGACACCCAAGCUUCUACUCGACUUCCUCAACGAUGAGGGCAAUGUCCUCCUCGCCCUCUCCGGCAAGUCUGCCACCCCUAGCUCCAUCAGCUCUCUCCUUCUGGAGCUAGACCUACACAUCUCGCCUGACCGUUCAUCAAUUGUGGUUGACCACUUCAACUACGACACCAUCUCCGCCGCCGAAAAGCACGAUGUCCUCCUCUUGCCCCUCCCCGAUCCCGUGAGAUCAGAUGUGAAACGCUACUUCUCCGGUGAAGGUGUCCUAGCCCUCCCCCGCCCAGUGGGACAAUCCCUUGGAAAUGCCAGCCCGCUCCUCGCUCCUAUUCUCCGAGCUCCCGAAACCGCUUAUAGCUACAACGCCAAGGAUGACUCUCUUUCCGUCGAGGACAGUUUUGCGACUGGCUCGCAAUUGGCAUUGGUAUCGGCAUUGCAGGCGAGGAACUCUGCUCGCUUCACUGUUCUCGGAUCUGCGGAGGCUCUUGAGGACAAGUGGUUUGCUGCGUCUGUCAAGUCUCCCAAGUCCAAGUCGGCAGUUACAGCUGCAAACAGGCAAUUUGCCAAGCAGCUUACUGGCUGGACAUUCAAGGAACUUGGUGUCUUGAAGGUUGGAAAGGUUGAGCAUUAUCUCAGUGAUGAGUUUGGAAAUAUCGAGGGCGAGGUCAACCCGACUAUCUAUCGUAUCAAGAACGACGUGACCUUCAACAUUGAACUCUCCGAAUAUGAGUUCGACAAAUGGGUGCCAUACAAGGUCCCCGCCAACGACGAACUUCAACUCGAAUUCAGCAUGUUGUCACCCUUCCACCGUUUGAGAUUGCUGCCUCAAUCCACCACUGAGAACAGCACCAUUUUCAGCGUCACAUUCACCACCCCCGACCAACAUGGCAUCUUCUCAUUUCGCGUCAACUACCUCCGCCCAUUCCUAACCAACAUCGAAGAAAAGCACGAAGUUACAGUUCGCCACUUUGCGCACGACGAGUACCCACGAAGCUGGGAGAUUACCGGUGGAUGGGUAUGGAUUGCAGGACUUUGGGCCGUCAUUGGUGGCUUCGUUGCCUUUGUGCUUGUGUGGCUUUAUUCGGCUCCAGUGCCGACCACGGAGGCGAAGAAGAUCAAAUAG